AUGAUCAGCAUUUGGCAAACAGGAAUCGUUACGGCCCUGAUCGAAAGCACAGAUGACAAAGAGAUCCCUUACCGCAUCAUAUUUUUGAGACAUUUCAGACCCCCAAAAGAUAUUAAAUGUCCGUGCUUCAAUGAUUAAUCCACGCGAUGUCAACUUAAAUGUAUAAUCUUUCAUCUGAAUAAAUUACCCAAAAGUUUAGCUAUUUUGUGCAAUUUUUUUUCAAAAAAAGGUUUGUUCUAUAUGAUUUCGACUGAUUUCAUUGACAAUUGUCAACGUUUAUCUUUCGUGACCAGCCUUUUAACCCUCGGACGUACAAGCAAAUUCGUACCCCCAUCGUGGUACAAGGCGGGGGGGGGGGGGGGGGGGGGAUGGAACCCCUCCCCAGAGUUCUUGAUAUGUUGCAGUAUUUUGAAACGAUUUUGCUUUUAGUGGAAAGCCUUUGAUCUUCUUAACAAGAUGAGGUGUAUUUUUUGGGUGGUGGCGCUGCUGGAGGCCUGUGACAUCACCAAUAAGGGUUACCACCUUGCCGCCCUCUUGGAUUUUACCAAGAAUUAGAAAUCAGGUGAGGGCAAGCGUUUCCGUUUAGUUUCGGAGCAAAAAAACCUGGGGGACGGGAUUUUCGGUUUUGACCGCGCGAGAAAUGAAACGAGAGCCUUUUUUCGCGUGGUCUUUGACUCUUGUUCCUGGUUCUUUACUGCUAAACCGCACAGAAACCCUUGCUACGCAGGCUAUUCCAUAUCUCAAACCGCCCUCUCCCUUUUCACUUACACUAACAUGAAAUUUUUAAGUUUCUUGACUCAGAGACUUAGUUUCUGCUCAACAAAUGUCAAAGUAUAAGUCUCUUCAAUUUUAAAUGAAAAAAAAAUUACGAAUCACGAGCAGGAAUCGAUCCCGGAGUGCUAAAUCUGCAGUGUCCUAGCCCUAACCACUAGACCACCGAGGAUUCGCUGCGGGACGUUGGAGUAACUAUUCUAGGUGCUUAACCCUAAUCAGUAUUUUCAGUGUUUAACCCUAAUCAGUAUUGUUAGUGCUUAACUCUAAUCACUAUAGUCAGGGCUCACUCAUAUAUGAACACAUAUAUACAAUAACUUUGUGUAGGCAUCACAAGGUAUCCAAGGGCGGUUUGAGAUAUGGAAACUUGCGUUUACCCAGGUUAAAACCGCGAGAAAUGGUUUUUUUUUUUUGCUUUACUUGAAAAUAACACAUGAAUAAACACUUUGCAUGAUUUUAGCCACAAGAUUUACUUUCAUUGUUGAAAGAAGUUGAAAAAACAUGUAUUUUCACCCAAAAUUGGCUUGACCACCUGCUACCUAUGACGUCAUACCUCGUAACCAUAGCAACUAACCAUCAGCAAACUUGUCUCAAAAUCUGCGCUAGGAAUCAACGAACAGCUACUGAAAACGUCAGUUGCUGAUGUUGUAUCCUCUAGGAAAAAGCUCAGAAAAACCUUAUAGGGGGGGGGGGGGUGGCAUCCACCUACCUUCCCUCGUACGUCCGUGGGUUAACAUAUAUGUGGCGCGAAACCACAACCCUGAAAUCAUAUAUCGUCACGAAAAUAUUGAUGUGUCUCCCCCGGGGGAGGCCCACUCCUAGGAAAUCUCGGUGGGAGUGUGCCGCUCGUUUCUCCAAAUCCUGAUCCUAUUUUAGACCUAGAAAUGUCAUUUUCCACACCCGUUUUAGGACCUUGCUUCCAAAAUCCAGACCGGUUUCAGACCUGAAAUAACCUAGAUUAGACGCGAACAAAAAUAUUUCUGUACAUCCAUUUCUCUUAAGUUUCUUAUGAUUUGGAAUUGAAACGAAUAAGGGACCGGUCAUUAUUUAUCGCCUGCGGGGGGGUCGGAGGAUUUUGGGCUAAACACGAUGAAAUUUAGCCGAUCCCCCCUUUAAAUGUUAUUUUAUUGAAGUGAUCCCCCCUCAUAACUAUAUAUAACUUUCGUGAUCCCCCCCCCAUGUCUUUGUACCCAUAUUCACCUUUCGACGUGUAUAUUUAGUGUUUUAAACGUUCAUAUACAGGUAGUAUUUCUAACUAUGAUGUACUUACAGCAUAAUAAAGCCGUUAACGCGCAGUCUUUUUAUAAAAGUGUCUCUUGAUCCGUGUCUUUUUCUAGUCUGGAUCCAGACCUCUGAAUUCAGUUGACAUACAAGCAAUCUUGCUUAAAACUGCAAAGUGCUUGAAACUGCAAUCAGUGCUUGAAACUGCAAAGUUACUUUUUUUAGAGUGCCAAAUAGCAGUCCGCCAAGUCCCUAUCAGCAGGUCAUAUUUAGCGACAAUUCGGCCAUCUGGAAGGGCUAGGAUCGGCCACUGUUCCUGUCUCCUUUUUUAUUUUCAUCUAUAGUGUAAUAGAUCAGCCUUUGUAGCUUUGCUCACAUUUUUAUAAUUUUUUUUUGUUCGUUUUUUUGUUUGUUUUCUUUUUGUUUUCCUUUUUUUUUUUUCCAGUGUUUGCUUGUACAGUAACUUCAGCUAUUUGGUCAUCUGGUACAAAAGUUAAAACUGGCAUACGAACAGUUGACUGUUCAUCGAGAUCAGCAAUGACAAGAUCAUCUUCGCUAUCCUCGUCAUCAUCUAACUCCGUAUCUGAUUCUUCACUCUCUUCCUCACUGCUGGACAACUCAUUCCCGUUGCCUGGACUUCUCUGUCGAUAGUAAUGGUAGCGAAUUGCCUUUAUCUUGUCCAGCUUUAUACCAACAGUGGUCAGGCCAUGUUCCUUAAGGUACAGGUCGAGCUGUCUCACCUUCAGCUUUUCAACUUUGCCAUUCUCAAUAAGUAUGCCCCACUGGUAGUCCUUGUAUGUUAGUUCCUCUUCUAACCUUUUUUUCUCCUUAGCCUCUCUUGUUCUAAUAUCCUUCCUGAUGUUGAUAUCAUUUAGAUGGCCUAGGUAUUCAAUGACAUGCUUUUCCUCGACACUAUAGGUUGCACAGAAAGCAGCGAUGGUAUUUGGAUUGCCCGCAGAGAUGGCGUUUUGUUCGUACAAGUCCUUCAGACAUUUCCUCGGUUGAUAAUCGUCUGGAGCACGACCUGUUGUCGGCGUUUCGUACACAUCCAUAAAGUGCCCGGGAUUUUGCUUGUCUGGCACAGGCUGAGGGAUUCUUUCUGUUACUGGUCCCACCCAUCUGUUGUUGGUACACCAGGAACAGAGUGUGGAGCUUGCAUCGCUUUGCUUAUUGCAGGCAUCCCGACAAAAUUCAAAAAAGAGCUCUCCUCGGACGUAGUGGUCCUCAAUAAAACUCUCUAUUUUACUAAGAUAUGCCGCACCGGGUAUUUCGGCCUUACUGUUUUCUGAAGCAUUUCGGUACGUAUUUAACUCAGAAAAAACAAACAAACACGCUUUUUACAAUGUUUCAGUUAUCAGAAGUUUAUAUAGUUCACAAUUUAGAAUUCACCUGUCAUGUUUAAAGAUGAAUAUUAGCUAAGUCAUGAGCACGUUAUAAAAGGAAAAAUAUAAAAGCGUUAAAACAAAGCUUUCUCGAUAUAAAUUGAAAUGCACACAUUCGCCAGUGUGACAGACUUCCGUUUUUUAAAUAAAGUUGUGUUAGAACAAAUUGAGAUUGCAAAUGCUAUCAUCUCCCAGCAGAAUGGGCACAUUUAUGUUGUAUGCUUUCAAACUGGCAUUGUUCAAGCAGAUUUGAGUGGUCCCCCCUCUGAAUCCUUCCAAAAUUUUCAGUGAUCCCCCCCUUUUGGGCUCUCAGUUACGACUGAUCCCCCCCUCUGUUCUCCUAAAAAUCAAGUGAUCCCCCCCCAAAUCCUCCGACUCCCCCCCCCCCGGUGAUAAAUAAUGACCGGUCCCUAAUGCGUUCAGACACUUUCGUCGUUCCCUCGAAAACCAUACCCCAUUCUAGACCUAAAGGUGCAAAGUCUAUACACCAGUUUUUAGACACAAAACUGGCAAAAAAUCGAUCAUCGCUCUUUAGGGCGGCACAUAACUAUAUAUGUCUUAUGUAGGAGAGUACCACCCCCGAGGACGUUUGUAGACAAAUGUAGUGAUCGAGUUUAUCUGAUAAUUUAUCUUGAAAUAUAGGUCUAAAUGUUGUAUAAAGGUCUAACAACUGGGUUUUUUUUUCUUCCCUUCACAAUCAGCCUUUGUGAUGUCGUUAUCCAUACUUUCUGAAGGCUCUUUUUGCUUCCUCAGAUUGCACGGAGUGACUGAACUGAUAAACCAACCGGUGGAACAGAUGAUGAACUCGCAAAACGAAGACUCUAAAGACACUAAUGCCGAAGGAAACGGUUUAAACUCUUUCGACGUAUUGGGUAGGAAAAUAUACCUUAUAUCAUUUCAUUCAAAAAUUAAAGCACAGAAGAUACCAACAGACUGUUACCCUGCGAGGAGAAUUUUAUUUAUUUAUUUAUUUCGUUUGUUUUUCCUACGAAGUCCUUCGCCUGGCUUGCCAGUUGCUUAGGGUUUGAUGGUCGCCACGCGAACGACUUGGUAAAUAUGUCAUGGCAUAACAGCCCGAUGGGGGAGGGGAGUACUUCCUAUAAUGGCCUUAAUACGGGGAGGCUCAGCUCGAAACGGGCACAUGACAUCCUAUAAUCCAAAAAUUAAAGUACAGAACAUAAGCAGAUAUUGUCAGCGAAUCUUUAACCUCUGGUGAAUUACCUUCUGAGUCUCUGAUUCGUCCAGUGCUGAGAAAGCCAGACCUUGACAAGGAUGUUUUCAAAGAUUAGAAGCCAGUAUACCUUUUCUAGAAAAAGUGAUCCAGCGGGUUCUCGUGGUUCUCGUUUGAUGGAACCCCUUUGGUUUUGAUAUGUUCCGAUAUUUCGAAACCAUUUUACCUUCAGUGAAAAGCCUUUGAUCUGGUUGCGCUGGUGGAGGUCUGCGACGUCACCCAACAUGGUCGCCAUCUUAGAUUUUAUCAAAAGUUAGAAAUCAAGUUAAAACAGUGUGAAUCAACAAUUUUUUUGCGCUUAACAUGUAAAAUAACACGUAAAUAAUUACUCUGUAUCAUUUUAUCCACAAACUUUACUUUUGUCCUGAAAGAAAGUGAAAAAGCAUGUAUUUUUACUCAAAAAUGGCUCAACCACCUGCUAGUUAUGACGUCAUAUCUCGUAAUCAUAGUAACUGACCAUCACAAAACUUGUCUCAAGAUGGGCGCGAGGGAUAAAUGAACAGCUACAGAAAUCUUCAGGUGCUGAUGUUUUAUCGUCUUGGAAAAAAAAUCAGAAAAACCUUUUAGUGGGGUGGCAACCACUCCCACCCUUGUAAGUCCGAGGGUUAAAACACCGCGCCGGUCAUUCAGUUUAGUUAUCGUUUCGUCAAGAACCCAGUCAGGGGCGGAUCCAGGAUUUUUUUUUAGGAGGGGGUGCACUCGUCUUUUGCUCUACUUCAACACCAAUAAACCACAUAGGUUUUUUUUUUUGCAGAAUACCAGUUGUAUUAGAAAACCGCAGGUCAUCUCAGGGGGGGGGGGGGUGCGCACCCCCUGCACCCUCCCCCUAGAUCCGCCCCCGCCAGUUCUUAGUGAUUUUUCGAGUGGCAACGCUAGAGUACAACCAUCAGAGAGAGUUUGUAAUUUUGGUGUCAACCUAGAUAAAGACAUGCAAAAAGGCUAUGCUGGCGAUUUGAUUUGUUGGAAGAUUGAGGAAUUAUCUGAGCAAGGAUCACCUUAAGAUGAUGGUCAAUUCUUUCCUCAUGUUUCUCUUCGAUUAUUGCAACAGCAGUAUAAUGUGGUCUUCCCAAUCCCGAAAUAGAUUUAGCUGCAACGUGUUCAGAGUAAGACGAGCAAAAAGAUCUAGCCAUAUAAUUCCUGUCAUGAAAGACUUGCACCUAUUAUUAUAAUUAUCAUUUUCAUUAUUAUCUAUUUCAGGCUUCAGAUAUAUUUGAAGGGUAGGGAUUUAACCUGUUGAAGUAUGUGAAAGGGUAGGAAAAUCUGUCAUUUCCGUCACAAAAAGGGCCAACAGAUGUAUUUUAUGGCUGUAAAAAAGUCAAGAAAACGUUCUAGUUUUGUGUUAUAUUCAUAUUUUAACGACAGCGCAUUUACAGAAAUUAGAAGGUAUGUAUAUUUCUAAACUAAGUUUGUGAAAGAGGUAUUAUUUUCAAUAGAAGGUAUACGAAAACGGCACUACAGUGGAACCUCUAUUCAUGGGACAUCCUUGGAAUUAUGGCAAAGGGCCCACUGAAUGGAAGUUGGGCUGGGAUUUGUUGACAGUAAACCCACAAAUGAAAUCUUUUCAUUAGAGCCGAAAAAGGUGUUUGCUUUCGCAGGCGUCAGAAUCUGAGGCAGUCAUUACUUCAAGCAGCUGGAUAAUGUAAAAAAAAUCAGGAUCAACUUAUCUCUGCAAUGUUGUGUGUUGAAUUCCCACAAGCGCAGGACAUCGAUUUAGAUGAGUUAACUCAUGUUUUGAAAGCUGUCGGCAUUGUGACUAGUGAACACUUUAAAUUAUCGACAAUUUUGAGGUCAGUCACUUUUUGAUUGCUAACAUGUCCCCUGAAUGGAGGUGAAACCCAGUUAUCGGGACCCAGAAUACAGGUAACAAAUACAGAGAUUAUGUGAACAUUUUUCCGGGACCAAGUUUUGUGUCUCCUAAAUUGAGGUGUUACUUGAAUAGAGGUGUCCCAAAGGAAAUAUUCCACUAUAUUCUUUCAAAAAUGGUAUAUAAAAAGUACGGGAUCGGACCUUUGGGAGGAGCCUCCCCGUACGUAGGGUAAAAGAACGUCCUGGAAAAAGAAAUAACCAAGCCCAUCCACUAAGUUAAGAAAAAUCUUCAAAACACUUAACGUCACUCUCAACAAAAAGAAACGAAGAAAAAUAUCAUAGGGGACAGACAUGUACACGGACACUGGACUGUUAUUCAUUAAGUUUAUUUUUGUAAAAUGCAUGGUAUCAUAGAAAGAUGGCCAGGGAAAAGUUAAGACUCUCGCUAUUCUUUGCAGAUCACUAUCGCAAUGUUGUGAACAAAUAUGAUUACUUCUACAAAGAAGUUCACCAAGGUUACAUUCCCAUCCUAAUGAAAUGUUUGGACUUAAAGGCAGAGCACGUGGUCGCUGACGUUGGUAGUGGAACAGGCGCCAUUGCAAAAGAUCUCUUUGAAUUAUCAGGGCUUCACAAUCCUAUUUGGUGUGUAGAUCCCAGCGUGGAAAUGCAAGAAGUUGCUCGACAAAAGAAAGGGGUUUACCCGGUUGUGAAAACGGCCGAAGAAUUUUUCUCGAAUCCGCAAAUUAGCGAGAGGUUUGACCGAGUGCUAGCCACUAUGAGUGCACAUCAUUUUGUAAACCCCGAUGCUGUCUAUAAAGGAAUACUUUGUAGUCUACGCCCCGGGGGUUUUUAUGUGCAGUUAACUGGCACCCUCAAGAGCAGUCUUCCAUUAUUCAAAGGUGUAAAAAACCUUAUGAGCCAAUGUUUUGAGCGAGGGAAGGAAAUCUCAUCUCCGUUGCUAAAGGAAAUUGGUGUGAAUUCAAACAUCUCGCAUCAAGAGUUCUCCUUUUCCGCGGCUGUGACAAAAUCCAAGUUGUACGAAAAAUAUCGAUGCCGCUUUUUAAGUGUAUUACAGCAUUUAAGCGAUGAUGAAAUUGAAGAGGGAAUAAGAGAGUUGGAGAACGAAUAUUAUCAUAAUGUUAAAGAUGAUGAACUCAUCAAUUACGAGUGUACUGUACUUGUGACAAGAGCAGAGAAAGUAGCUUGA